AUGGCCACAGCCUUUGUGCUCCUUGCGGGGGUCCUGCUCCCUUGCUGGGGUGAGUUCCUGCCCUUUAAAAAGAAGUUCCUGAAGGUGCAGGGGUGUCACCUGGUGGUCACCAUCUCGUGGCUUCUCUUCCUGGACCCCUGGGGCCUUGGCAAUGCCACACAUCCUCCCUCCCCUUCCUACGCAGCCAGAGAGCUGGUGACGCAAGAGCUGUCCCCACAGGUGAAGGGGGCUGAGUGCUCCCACCACUCUGAGUGCGCCAGUGACUGCUGCCUAAUGGACCUGGACCGUGCCGGUGCCUUCUGUGCCCCCAAGGCCAGAAUCGCCAUGCUGUGCUUGUUCCAGACCAAGGGAGCCAUCAACAUCAUCUGCCCCUGCCAAAGGGGCUUGAGUUGCAUAUCCAAGGACCCAGUCUGCCCCCGCCGCUGCCAUUUGAUUUAG